UUCCUAUAUUAUCGCGAGAAAGUUCUCUGCGGGCCUUCGUUUGGAUAUUGGUGUACCGGAGAUCGGGGAGCGGACUGUUGUGUAUUUAAGCAGACGUUUUUGGCGAAUAAUCGAGUUGGAAAUUUGAAUGCUUGCCGUAUUUAUCGGACAAGAACAUUCAUACAGAGAUGUCGGACGACUUGGUGAAACAGUUAAGCAGCUACAAAGCCCAGCUGCAGCAAGUAGAAGUUGCCCUAUCUACUGACCCAGAUAAUGAAGACCUCCUAAAACUUCAAAAAGACUUGCAGGAAGUUAUUGAUUUGACAAAAGACCUCCUGACCUCACAGCCCAGUGAUGGGGCCUCCAGUACUAAUGGCUCAGACACAGUUCCCUUGAAGCACGGCUGGAAAGUGGGGGACAGGUGUAUGGCUGUGUGGAGUCAGGACGGACAGGUGUAUGAGGCUGAGAUUGAGGAGAUAGACCGAGAGAACGGCACUGCAGCCGUCACCUUCAGUGGAUACGGAAACGCCGAAAUCAUCCCCCUGCAGAACCUCAAACCAGCAGAGGAGGGGAAACGUUCUGAAGAGGAUGGGAGUGUCAAGCCAAAAUCAAAGAAAGAGCAAAUAGCAGAGCAGAGAGAGUAUAAGAAGAAGAAAGCCCAGAAGAAGGUACAGAGGAUGAAGGAGUUGGAGCAAGAGAGGGAAGAACAGAAGUCCAAGUGGCAACAGUUCAACAACAAAGCCUACUCAAAGAACAAGAAAGGACAGGUAAAGAGGAGCAUAUUUGCAUCUCCAGAAAGUGUAAAUGGAAAGGUGGGCGUGGGAACAUGUGGUAUUGCAGAUAAGCCUAUGACCCAGUACCAUGACACAUCAAAAUACAAUGUUAGACAUUUAAUGCCCCAAUGACCUAAUAUAUUCUGUACAUAAAAACCCACUGUAUACUAGCUGUAUCAGUGCUUUCCAUUGUGUUUAUACAUGAUUUAAGUUUCUCAAGUAAAGAAAGCUUUGAAAGGAAUUGCUUGCACACCAUUGUUUGAAAUAUUGAUGUAGUUUUCUUAUAUAUUAUGUAGGUACAACAAAAAACAUCCAAAUAGAGGGUAUUUUCCCUGCACUGGAACAGUGUCACUUGUUAUGUAAAAACAGGAAGCGGUGUGUUUUUAGCAAAGUUGAAAAGUCUGUUUGUGUCCAGCUUUCUUGAGGCCAAACACCUGCUAAGAUGUGUAUAAAUAUAUACCUGUAGAUUUGGUGUGUGAAAUUGAGGCUGGAUUUUAAACACCAACCAGUUCUUGGUGUGUCUGGAUAUUAAUAAUGGUGUUGAUUCAAGAUGGCUGAAUUUACAUUUUAAUUUCUGUACAUAUAUAUAACAGUGAAAUAAACAUUGUUUUGUUUUCAGUUUUUUUAAGAA